UGAUAAAUCAUUGUAUUACGUCUGAGUCAGUGGUUGUGAGAAAAAGUCCUGAAUUUGCGAAAUAUUUUCUAUUAAUUCAAGCGGUUUUGGUGCUGUAAUAAUUUGCUCGUGCGGGAAUAUUUUUUUCAUUUGAAUUAUAUUAGUUUCGAUAAUCGUUUUUGUUUGUGUUAUAAUCGUUUAGUUGGUGUUCAAAAUGCCUCCGACGGUGGAAUCUUUCCUCAACUCGUUCACCCGGACGCUGGAUGAACCAGUGCGAGAUCAUCUGAAGAAUGUCUAUGCAUGCUUGUCUCUGUCACUGAUUGUGGCUGCUGCUGGAGCCUAUGUUCACAUGUUCACUGAAAUCCUCUCGGCCAGUUUCCUCACAGUCCUUGCCACAACGGGUCUCUUGCUUACACUCUUGUGUAUUCCAGACAAUGACAAAAACAGAAACUUGCGUAUUGGUCUCCUUUUGGGCAUAGCAUUCUUUUCAGGAAUGGGUAUGGGGCCACUGCUGGAGAUCGUCGUUCAAAUCAACCCACAGAUUGUUAUGACCUCUUUCAUCGGAACAGCUGUUCUGUUCGGAUGCUUCUCAGCCGCUGCAUUAACUGCCCGGCGUGGACAGUGGCUCUACCUUGGUGGAACAUUGAUGACCAUGCUGGCUAGUCUCAUCGUCCUUUCUCUUGCCAACAUCUUCUUAGGCUCUCAGCUCAUCUUCCAGGCAUACCUUUAUCUGGGUCUCCUCAUCAUGUGUGGAUUUGUCCUUUAUGACACUCAAUUAAUCAUUGAGAAACGUCUAGCGGGAGACAAAGACUUUGUCACUCACUCCAUAGACUUGUUCAUCGAUUUCAUUGGAAUCUUCCGCCGCUUGAUGGUUAUUCUUUCGCAAAAAGAGGAGCAAUCAAGGAAAAAGAAAGACUGAUAUGAAAAAGAAAAUGAAAACUAGCUGCGAAGCACUACUGUAUUCAACAUCUUUUUCUCUUGAUUUCAAUCAUUGUAUUUUCCUCGUCCUCCUAUUUUAAAUACUAUAUAAGUUAUAUCCUAUAUUUUAGUUGAAUUUCAUAAUUUUUCAUUUCUUUAAUUUUAUUUUGUUUUUUUUUUUUUUUCUUUCUUUUUCUUUAAAAAUUUUUCUUACAGAUAGUUCUUUGACCAUUUUAUUUUUUGAUACAAUUUAGCGGUUACUAAACGAACUAAAUCCUAAGUCUCAGAACUCCCUACUGGGUGAAGGUAUGCUGUAGUUUCUCUCCAUUUAAAUAAUAUGCAUUUUACUUUUUGUUAAAAUUUUAAUACUAUGUCUUCACCCUUUUCAUCAAGUCAAACUGUACUUACAAAUUUUGAGUGGUAAAUAAAAUCAUUUAAUUCUUUUUUAA